AGGGUGGGAGGGAGGCAUGCCUAGUCUCCUCACAGGCAGAUCAAUGAGGAGCUACCAACCCUAGACCACUCACCGCUCUGCUCUCUCUCUCUCUCUCUCUCUCUCUCUCUCUCUCCCUCCCACCCUGUCCCUGAACCUCUCUCCACCACUCUCCCCUCUUCUCUUUCACUGCUGAACUUCUCUUUCACUGCUGAACAUUCUCCCUGCUCCCACCCCAGGCUGCAGAACCUGCUCCAGAAGCAGGCCAUGGCCUCCAAGAGGAAAACAGGCUGCCAGUGCCGUACGUUCUGGGUGGCGGUGCUGCUGCUGGCCAGCGUCUCGGCCAUCAUCACCAUCGCCGUCAUCCAGAGACACUGGAGGGUGCAGGAGUACGGUCUGGAGUACGGCAUCGUGGUGGACUCGGGCUCCUCCCGCUCCACCGUGUACCUCUACCAGUGGCCCGGAGAGAAGAAGAACGAGACCGGCGUGGUGUCCGAGGUGCUCAACUGUAAAGUGGCCGGCAACGGCAUCUCCGACAUGUUGGUGGACGCGGAGAAGGACAAAAAUACUUGGGCGUCCUUCACGGUCUGCAUGCAGAAGGUCACAAAAGAAAUCCCAGUGGAGAAACGCCAGAAAACACCGCUGUUCCUUGGGGCCACCGCCGGCAUGAGGCUGCUGAAUCAAGUGGACCAGAACCGAUCGGACGAGGUCGUCAUCAGCCUCAAACAGUACCUCAAGGCCCUGCCCUUCGCGUUCAAGGACGCCACCAUCCUGACCGGACAGCAGGAGGGCCUCUACGGCUGGGUCACGGUCAACUACCUCAUGGGCAACUUUGAGGAGAAGACCCUGUUGAACUCUCUGUUCCAUGCCGGGGGUGCCAGCACCGUGGGGUCCAUGGACCUGGGCGGGGCCUCCACCCAGCUCGCCUUCCAGGUGGGCGAGGAGCUGAAGGGGGAGGACUUCCUGCCCGUCCGACUGUACGGCUACGACUACAACGUGUACACACACAGCUACCUCUGCUACGGCAAGAACGAGGCCGAGAAGCAGAUCCUCGACCGGAUAAUCAAGACUUCCCCGGACCCCACCAACAUCCAGAACCCCUGCUACCAGGAGGGCUUCAACAUGACCAUCAAGGCCUCCUCCAUCUACAACUCUCCCUGCACCCAAACGCCCGACAACUUUGACCCCGACCAGCAGAUCAUCUUUGUGGGGAGCCCCGACUCAGACAGGUGCCGGGAGCUGGUCCGCGAGCUGUUCGACUUCACCAACUGUACGGCGCAGGGCUGCUCCUUCAACGGAGUCCUGCAGCCCCCGGUCCAAGGGAAGUUCAUGGCCUACGCAGGGUUCUUCUUCACCGCCAAGGCGCUGCGUCUGAACGGCACCUCGGAGCUGGACGUGUUCAACAGCACCAUGAGGGAGUUCUGCCACACCAAUAAAGAGAUGCUGAUUGCCAGCAGGCCGGAGAUCUCGGAGAGGUACCUCAUCACAUACUGCUACUCUGCGCACUACGUCUUCACCAUGCUUGUCGAUGGAUACAAGUUUGACCCGGACACCUGGCAGAACAUCGCCUUCGAAAAAGAGGUGGAGGGGACCAGCCUGGGCUGGAGCCUGGGCUUCAUGCUGUCCAUGUCCAACAUGAUCCCCUCGGACGCCAAGGAGAUCCUGCCCAUGGCCAACCCCGUCUUCGCAGGCCUCAUCUUCCUCUUCUCGGCCCUGAUGAUCAUCACCGUGGUCUUCCUCUUCAUCAUGCUCAUCCGCACGUGCUACUGACCACACACACACACACACACACACACACACACACACACACACACACACACACACACACACACACACACACACACACACACACACACACACUUCUCUUCCUGGUCCGGAACCCUCACCCACUAACUCAGGCAUGACAUGGACAGAAAGAAUGGUCUACCCCCCCUUCCUAUAGACAGACAGCAAUGCUGGUUGUGUUACAGAAGCAUGUGGUAAAUACUACUUACUUAUGGUGACUGUAUGUUUAUUAUUGUGUUCAACACAUCGAGAUGUAUAUUUGAGUCAAGGCUUGGAAUGAAAUGCUUAUCUGCAAAGGAAAGGAAACAGUUGACAAGAAUGAGUCUUUUAGUCAGACUUUACAGUCUGAGCUUCGUGUUUGAUUGCUCUUGCCUGGAAUACGGAGUUUAAGAGAAUACGUUGUUCCGCAGAGAAGAAGAGGCACCACACUUAACAUCCGAGACAAGAUGAUGCCAGUGGUUCAGUAUGUGAGUGAUCACUCCUUAAUGGUUUGUAGCAUGUACAGUUAGCUUGCGCUUUGGGGAGAUGGAGUUGUUUUGAAGGCAACACGUGCACACGUACACGUACACGCACACACAUAUACACACACACGCACACACACACACACACACGCACACACACACACACACACACACACACACACAUAGACACACACACACACACACACACACACACACACACACACACACACACACACACACACACACACACACACACACACACACACACACACACACAAACACACACGAGUGCACUAAAA